AUGGUUGCUGCAGCACCUAUUCCUGAAGAAGAACCUUCGAUAGGCACUUUGAUUAAUACUAUUAAAACUGCAAGUAGUGAUUACCCAUGGCAAGUUUGCAGAAGUGUUUCAGCGGUGGGAGUCGGUGGUACAAGUUCUAAUUCCAUUUUUG